AUGGCAGAGGCAUGUGCACAUGGUGGUCUGGGUCACUCUUUUUUGGAAUCAGAUUCUUUAAAUGAAGCUUUAGAACAUUUUAGAUGCUGUGUUAAAACCUAUGACACUAUUAGAGCCAAUUCUAUCAAGGAAGAUCAAUUGAAAAUAAGUUUUCGUACGGACCAUCGAUAUGCCUAUACUGAUCUAUGGCACGUUUUAGUAAUGCUUCGAAGGACUGAUGAGGCUUUAUACGCUGCUGAGAGGGGACGAGCACAGGCUUUACUCGAUGCCUUAAAAGUGACUUAUGGCCUUACAUCACCUUCUCCCAGGUCAAUUGAAUCUGAAGAAGACGUCAGAAAUAUUUCAAGGAAGACAACUGCUUUAACAGUUUUUCUUGCCCUUCAUUUAAAAACAGUCAAUAUCUGGGUGCUGGGAAAAGAGGGCAACCCUACUUUUAGGCAAAAGAAGAUAGAAAUUGGACAUGAACACGAAGAUUCCUUUACUCUCCUUUUGGACAAUGUUUUGAAAGGAUGGAACGUUAAAAGAGGAAAAGAGGGCAACCCAAUUUUUACGCAAGCGGAGAUAGAAAUUGGACGUGAACACGAAGAUUCCUUUACUCUCCUUUUAGACACUGUUUUGAAAAUCAUUGGGGCUGGCGUUGGUACUAAGUGCGAAAAUCGGUCAAUGGAUAAGCUGAGUGAUGACUCAACUCCCUCAAGUACUCGAGAAGACAAUCGAACAUCGGAGCCAUCACAGGAGAGCACCGGCCUUUUACAGCCAUUAUAUGAUGCAGUUCUUGGUCCCAUUGAAGACUUGCUUGAUGGUGAUGAACUAAUUGUAGUUCCUGAUGGCGCUUUGUCUAAAGCUCCUUGGGCAGCCCUGAGUGAAACUUUAAGGAUCCGCACUGUUCCCUCACUGACAAGUUUGAAAGUCAUCACAGAUUCUCCAAGUGAAUACCACAGUAAAAGUGGAGCCCUACUUAUUGGAGAUCCAUGCUUGCAGAAAAUUACAAAUAAAUGGGGUAACCCCAUUUAUAAGCAACUGGAGUACGCAAAAACGGAAGUGCAGAUGAUUGGAGAAAUUCUAAAGAGUCAACCCUUAACAGGUGAAGAUGCAACCAAAGAAGCGGUACUUCAGAGAAUCAAGUCAGUGUCUUUGGUUCACAUAGCAGCCCACGGAAGACCGGAAACCGGGGAAAUUGUUUUGGCCCCAGACCCCCCAUGGGAAUCCGACACUCCUAAGGAGGAGGACUGCAUUAUGAAAAUGUCUGACAUACAAGCUGUUAAGCUGAGAGCGAGACUGGUUGUGCUUAGUUGCUGCCACAGUGGUGAAGGAAAGGUAUCGUCUGAGGGUGUGGUCGGUAUGGCACGUGCUUUCUUGUUUGCUGGUGCUCGUUCCGUGCUGGCGACACUCUGGGCAAUUGAUGACCAAGCCACAAUGAUGUUUAUGAAGUCUUUCUACCAACAACUUGGAAGUGGAGAAAGUGCAAGUGUUGCUCUUCAGAGGGCCAUGAAAUGUCUUCGAGACUCCCACGAUUAUUCUGCUCCAAAGUACUGGGCUCCUUUUGUUCUGAUGGGCGAUGACGUUAAGAUUGAAUUGGAAAAGGAGUCAUUGAGCAAGUCGUAA